UGAUUCGUGCUGCAUCCAAUUACCGUUGUACCUUUGCAGUGUUCGCAUCUUCAAAGAAGUCAAUCAUUCUCCGUUUUUUCUGUCGCUCGCUCUUUACCAGAAUGUCUGAUAAAGGUUCUACUAGAUGCUAUUUUGAUGUUGAUAUUGGUGAGGGAGGAAGACACGGAAGCGAGAGGAUUAUAUUUGAGCUCUAUGACAAGAUUGUGCCGAAAACUGUUGAAAACUUCAAAGCACUCUGUACUCAUGAGAAGGGAUUUGGAUACAAGGGCAGUAAGUUCCAUCGUGUAAUUCCUGGUUUCAUGCUUCAGGGUGGCGACUUCACCCGUGGAAAUGGGACCGGCGGUAAAAGUAUUUAUGGUAAUAAGUUUGAAGACGAAAACUUCCAGGAGAAACAUUUAGUUGCUGGUAUGUUGUCUAUGGCCAAUGCUGGUCCUAACACCAACGGUUCUCAGUUCUUCAUCACAACUGCAAAGACUGACUGGCUGGAUGGUAAGCACGUUGUGUUUGGUAAAGUAGUGGAAAAUUAUGAUUUUGUUAAGAAAAUUGAAAGUUAUGGCACCGCUAGUGGUGCAUUGAAAGAAACAGUGACAAUAAAGGCUGCUGGAGUAUUAUAAUGUUGAUUGAGCACUUUUUGAAUUAUUCCAAUAAAAUCUCUUAAUCUUG